CCGAGAUGGGCGGAGAUUGUAGAUUAGAGGUUGAUGAGAAUGUUAAUUACCUAAUUGCUGAAAUUAUUGAUAAUAAAUUGGAAAAUUAUAUCGCGGCACGGCGACUCAAAAUUCCUGUUCUUAUUCCGCGUUGGAUUCAAGAUGCAUAUUCAAACACAAAUUCAAUAGUAGACUUUUUGACUGAAGAAUCUCGAGAAAACUACAGGACUCCGAUAUUCGCUGGCUGCGUAAUUAUUGAUUAGUUAUAUAUAGAUAUUCAUUUUUGCAGGAAAUUACCAUUUCCGGCUUCGCUGGUACUGAACGAAUAGAGAUUGGCCGUUUGAUUGAAAUGAAUGGUGGUAUU